CUUAAUUACUUAGCUCAAGCCGAAUUUAUUCCUCAUUCACCGUCCUUCUAGAGAAUAAAUAUAUGAGAGGUGGAAGGUUGUCGUCGACGUUCCAUUAGCUUCUUCAGGAUAUUUCCGCUCCGGUUUUGCGCCCGAAUGAUACCAUAGUCGGGAUCGUCGGGAUCGAUAAUCUUCUUUCCUACAUCACAAUCUAGAGCACUUGUUCAACUCAACUCAACUCAUCUCAUCUCAUCGCACCCCGUCUCAUAUCAGGCUCUAAAGAUUAACGGACCCUCCCUAUAUAUUCAUAUUUACAUACACGUAUAUACACACAUAUCUCACAAUGUCCCUCAACGAACCCCACAAGUCCCGCAUCAUCGGGCACAUGAACGCCGACCACGCGGCCGAGAUAGAAGAGUACCUACAAGCCUUCAACGGGCUCUCCGCCUCCGCCGCGGCCGGCGCCCAGAUCACAGAUAUGUCGCUAACCAGCAUGACCAUCAAGUCCGCGUCGGGAACCCACGCCGUCGCCAUAACCCCGCCCCUCAAGUCCGCGGCCGACGCCCGCGUCGUCCUCGUCGACAUGUCCGCUACGGCGAAGCAGAAGCUCGGCCUCAGCUCCAUUAGGGUAACGACCUGGACCCCGCCUUCGGGGUUCGGAAUCCUUACGUUCGCGGGCGUGGCCCUGUAUUUCGUGUGCGCGGCUACGUAUCCGCUUGUGACGCCUGACUCUACCCCGGUGGUCUGGGGGUUGUUGGAUGCGGUUUGGCCUGGUGGUGCGCAGGCGUAUAAGUGGCUUGUUCGCGCGAUCUUUGUGCCGGUUAUGGUUAUCCAUGUUGCGGAGGCGGGGUGGAUGGCGAGGGGCAGGUUGAGGAGGCAUGGGGUUAAGACGGGGAGUAGGGUUUGGUUGCUUUGGACGCUGGGGACGUUUGUGGAGGGGUUGCCGUCGAUGAGGAGGUUUGAUCGGUUGGUUGAGGCGGAGGGGAAGAAGAGUCAUUAGGGAGAUAUGGCUUCUUUCCUUUCUUUGAAAGAGCGGACUGCGCUUUUCUUUUAGAGGGGUGAGUAUUGGAGAGAAAUGAGAUGAGAUGGGCUCGAGAGUGUCGUAUCGUGUUAUGAGGCUGAGGAGAGAUUG